ACCAGUUAACUAAUUAAAUGGGAUUUUACGUCCCUGAUUUCCACAAGGGGCUUGCUCAAAAUAGUGUAUAGUUCUGAGUGGUUGGAUGGAAAUGAGAUUUUUCGGGAUGAGCUGUAAAUAUAUGUAUGGCUUAUAUUGCAGUCAAGCAGUACUGAUUGAUCGGACAAUGUAUAUCGCAGGACAGCUAGGCAUAGAUCCUAGAAGUGGUCAGCUUGUACCUGGAGGGGCAAAAGAAGAGGCUAAACAGGCUCUAAAAAAUAUAGGGGAAAUCCUGAAAGCUGCAGGCUGUGACUACACCAAUGUUGUAAAGACUACUGUGUUGAUGGCUGACAUGAAGGAUUUCAGUGAUAUUAAUGAAAGCUACAAACAGUUUUUCUGUGGGAAUGUCUUACCAGCCAGAGCAGCCUACCAGGUUGUUAGUUUGCCAAAAGACGCACAAGUUGAGAUUGAAGCCGUCGCUGUCCAGGGACCAAUCCAAGACGCAUCAGCAUGACUAUAAAUAUAGUACUCUGAUACACUACUAGUUGUGUCAGAAGUGUAGGCCCUCUUCCUGCAAUUGGCUGCCUGCAGGCUCACCCUCAUGGAAGCUCCAUGUUGAUGCGCCUGUGCACCCUCAACUGCAAGAUGUGGGACCUUACAUUCUCUGAAACCCCAAUCGUGUAAUGAACUUUGUGCAGGUAGAUCCCUGUGCCAUGGGUAGCCCCACUGACAUCAGUGGGGCUCUGGUGGUUUCAGUGUUUGCCUGUGCUCAUUGCAGGACAGGGGCCUUGGUCUGUAACAAUAACUGGCUAUUGUUGCCUUCAUUUAAAAAAAAAAAAAAGGUUGUUUCAGGUAAGAUUAUCCAAUAACGAACAAAUUCGAAGUACAUGGAGGCAGGGAAUUGCAUAGGUGGGGACUUGCAGAGCUGACAGCAUAUGAUAUCACCUUUAGAAAUCCUGCUAGCGCUCUAGCUAUAAAUCAUAAGACCUGGGUUUUAAUACAUCACUUAAUGUUUUUAUAAAUAAGGUGGAAUUCAUGUAUUUCUAAUUCUAGAAAACCUGAUUUGCUGCAGCACAUAGGAAUCCACUAUAUAAGGUUUGAGCACCUAAGUGUUUAGAUACUGGGCCUACAUAGCCAAUCCUGAUUUACCUUAAUUUUCUCUGAAGAGUCACUUCUAACACACACAACUUUGCAGAAGUGUAACUCAUAUAAAUCAGUUAAAAAAUAAUAUUUUGAAUUUUAGCAUAGCUUCAAGUAUCUGAAAACCUACAAAUACAAUUUUGAAUUACUUUGUCAUUAAUUUUAGACAAUUGGACACAUUCUAGCUUUUGGAAAAAUAUGUAGUGUCUAAUGGGACUUAAUCAUAAUUGCAUAUAUUAAAUAUGAUGCUAGUCUGAUUUUGGGAAUAAACCAACUUUUUCAUUUAAAAA